CGUCUUUUGUUCGUGUCUUCACAGUAGAAGUGGAACUGCUGUCUUUAAUAUUUUUCAAAUAGUUUUCGGUUAUUCUCCUUUCGAACGAGUUCUUUUUGUUAAAUGUUAUAUAAAAUCCCAUAAUAAGGUGUUCUUGUAAAAAAAGUGUUACUCAAUGGAUAACUCAAGUUUGGAAGAAGCAAUUAUUCAAAGUCUCAAUGUCGAUAGCGUAAUUGAAAGACUUUUAGAAGUUCGUGGGCAGAGACCUGGGAAGCAAGUGCAGUUGUUAGAGCAAGAGAUAACUGGGUUAUGCCUUAAAGGCCGUAAUAUUUUUAUGAAGCAGCCAAUUUUGCUUGAACUUCAGGCACCGAUAAAAAUUUGUGGUGAUGUGCACGGUCAGUAUUAUGAUCUGUUACGUUUAUUUGAAUACGGUAAUUUCCCUCCUGAUAGCAAUUAUCUAUUUCUUGGAGACUAUGUUGAUCGUGGAAAACAGUCUCUUGAGACAAUAUGCUUACUUUUGGCAUACAAAAUCAAGUAUCCCGAAAACUUUUUUCUUCUUCGGGGUAAUCACGAAAGUGCAUCUAUUAAUCGAAUAUACGGUUUUUAUGAUGAAUGCAAAAGGCGUUACAGUAUUAAAGUAUGGAAAACUUUUACAGAUUGUUUUAAUUGCUUACCAAUUGCAGCUAUAAUUGAUGAAAAAAUUUUUUGUAUGCAUGGUGGCCUUUCGCCUGAUCUGCAAGCUAUGGACCAAAUUCGAAGAAUAAUGCGACCUACCGAUGUUCCUGAUACUGGUCUUCUUUGCGAUUUGCUUUGGUCAGAUCCCGACCCCGACCUUAAUGGGUGGGGAGAAAAUGAUCGAGGAGUAUCCUUUACUUUCGGACCCGACGUUGUUGGAAAAUUUCUUGCAAAACAUGACUUUGAUUUAAUAUGUCGAGCUCACCAAGUCGUAGAGGAUGGCUACGAGUUUUUUGCUAAACGUCAGUUGGUGACUAUAUUUUCUGCACCAAAUUAUUGCGGCGAGUUUGACAAUGCCGGAGCUAUGAUGAGCGUAGAUGUUACAUUAAUGUGUUCCUUUCAUAUUUUAAAGCCAACCGACAAAAAGAGUCUUAUCAAAAAAUAAGUGAAUUUGAGUUAUACAGACUCACUUUUUCUAGACUUUUAGAAUAUACACUGUAUUUUUGGUUAUAACCUUGCGUAGGUU